UUUCCUUCCAUAUCGCUCACACACCAUGACUCAGACAGGACACUCCUACCAUUUUGACACGCUGACCGUCCACGCCGGGCAGACGCCUGACACUGCAACCAAUUCCCGUGUUGCACCCAUCUACCAAACGGCCAGCUUUGUUAACAAGACCGAGCACUUUGAGCAGAUAUUCAAGGGUCAGAGGAAAGGGUACGUUUACUCGCGCACUGGCAACCCAACAAAUGAAACAUUCGAGAAGCGCAUGGCCAUCCUGGAGAACGGCUAUUCAGCGAUAGCAACCUCAUCUGGCACGGCAGCCAACUUUAUGGUGUUCACUGUGCUGUGCUCGCCAGGCGACAACAUCGUCAUGUCGAACUUUGUCUUUGGCGGUACGCUCAUGCAAGCACGUACCUCGCUGCCACGUCUGGGGAUAGAUGCGCGGAUGGUGCCGAGUGUCGACCCUGAGGUACUGGAGGAGUUUGUGGAUGAGAAUACCAAAGGCGUGUUUGUCGAGUCAAUCAGCAACCCGAUGCUGAGUGUGCCGGAUUUUGAACAGCUUGCCGCUAUGGCGCAUCGUCAUGGAAUCCCGCUGGUUGUCGACAACACAUGUGGGAUGGGCGGGUAUGUGGUACGCCCGCUAGACCAUGGUGCCGAUAUUGUCACCCACUCAGCCACCAAAUGGAUCAACGGCCACGGAACCACCCUCGGCGGUGUUGUCAUCGACAAAGGCUCGUUUGACUGGGGUAGCGGCAAGUUCCCGACGCUUAAUGAGCCGUCCGUGUUCUUUGGCAACAAGGGCGCUGUGGACUUCGCCAACGACAAGGGCAGUAGCGCGCUGACGCUACGGCUGAAGGCCGAGGCGAUGCGCGAUUUUGGCAUGUGCAUGACGCCGUUUGCCGCGUGGAACUUUUUGCUUGGGCUCGAGACGCUGGUGCUGCGUGCCGAGCGCCAGAACAGCAAUGCCAUGGGGCUGGCCAAGUGGCUAGUGGCGCGCGAUGAGGUUGCUUGGGUUUCCUAUAUCGGCCUUAACUCCCACCCGUACUACAAAAAUGCAGCAAAGUACCUACGCAACGGGUUUGGCGGUGUGCUGUGCUUUGGCGUCAAGGGCGGGAAGCAGGCCAGCGUAAAGUGCCUGGAUGCCCUGAAGCUGGUGUCUGUGUUGGCGAACCUUGGAUGUGCAAUGACCAUUGCUGCCCUUUCAGUCAGCACAUCCCACUAUGGACUUACCGAGGAGGAGUUGGAGCAGUGCGGGGUUAGAGAUGACCAGAUCAGAGUGUCGCUGGGCAUUGAAAAGCUGGAGGACAUCCAGGCCGACUUUGCGCAGGCACUGGAGAAGUCGCAGGUCAAUUAGCACAUCUCUUUCAUUAACAUUUUACCGAACAUAUGCCGCAUACCAAAUAUAUAGGGUUCUGCAACCCAAAAUAGCCGACCAUCUGCCAGCGCAUUGCCAGAUUAGAGCAGCUGGUUGAUGAGUAUUAGGGUCGCGAAGAAAUCACGGAUACUGCGCUGCAUCGCCAUCAGCUUUCAUCGAACGAAUGAUGGCAUGCAAUCUGAGUAGGAAAACUGAAUAGAGCUAUAAACACACAUAUUUGUCAUGACGCAUCGGAUACAACGAGACAACCCUAGCAGCAUGACAGUUUUACUGCUCUAUGUCGACUUAAGGUG